GGAGGAAGCUCACUGUAGAGGUCACGUGCUGAGUGUGUGAUCACUCCACCAAUCACCUCGGGGAAGGUCUGAGACAAGAGCCAAUCGCUGCCCUCACAGGACAUCAUCUGAUACAGAUGAGCGCGUGCACAGACACGGUGGGCCCAUAGCGCGCGCUACAGCACGAGACGUCACGAGCCGCCGAUACAGCGCGGUCACUGACUGAUGCGGCGCGCGCGGCUUUGGAAACACGCGCGGCUGGCGGAUGAGUGCGAUGUGUGAGCUGGUCCACGUGACCGGAACCCAAUUCAGACUACUCUCCUCCCGCUCCACUCUUUUAUAAAGAAAAAAGGGAUAAACUCACCCGCUGCGACUGUGUGAGAGGGAAAGCAGCUCUACAGCGCCAACACGCGGCACACACCCUUUUAUAGAAACAAUGAGAACUCGGAGCAGCAGGACACACACACCUGAGGGGAAACAGGAGGUCGAGACAGAGUGGGAGUGGCAGGGUGAUGAUGGACAGUGGGUGUCGUACCCCCCUGCAGAGUGUGCUGAGAUUAACGGCGCGGUGCAUGCUGGGAGGAAGCGCGUGUCCCUCGGCUCACGGUACGAGCUCGACCUGAUGAAGAUGACGCAGACCAACAGUGUGACUAAAUACCGCCGUAACAUUCGAAAGUUAGUAAGUAAUGACGCAGGUCAGGGCACGAGUGGUCUCGGGAUUAAGGAGGAGGAGGAACCUGUCACCAAAAAAAGGAGAGGAGGAGUGAGGAAGGGCAGCAAAGUGUGUGAGGAUGCAGGUCAGGGGACGAGUGGCCUUAGGAUUAAGGAGGAGAAGGAGGGGGAGGAGCCUGUCACUAAAAAGAGGAGAGGAGGAGUGAGGAAGGGCGACUCCACUGAGGAGUCGGACAGUAAAGAAGUGGUGAAGACAGUACUGAUGAAGGGAAAAGCUCCAGUGGACACCGAGUGCAAAGUCAAACUGGGGAAGGCUCACGUCUACAGUGAAGGGAAUGACGUUUAUGAUGUCAUGCUAAACCAGACUAACCUGCAGUAUAACAAUAAUAAGUACUACCUGAUCCAGCUGCUGCAGGACGACCACGCCCAGUCCUACAGCGUGUGGAUGAGGUGGGGCCGAGUGGGACACGUCGGACAGAACAAAUUGGAGCCGUGUGGUGAUGAUCUCGCCAAAGCCAAAGACGUUUUCAUAAAUAAGUUCUUUGCUAAGACCAAAAACGAGUGGACAGCGCGAGAAAACUUCAAGAAAGUUCCUGGGAAAUACGACAUGUUGUUCAUGGACUACGGUGGCAGUGACGAAGUGGACAGCAGGGACAUGGUGUCCACUGCGUCUGUGAUGAAACAGUCUCAGCUGGAUGUCAAGCUUCAGUCUCUCAUGGACCUAAUCUGUGACAUUAAAGCCAUGGAGGAGUGUGUGCUUCAGAUGAAGUUCGACACUAAAAAAGCUCCUCUUGGGAAGCUGACAGUGGAGCAGAUCCGAGCAGGAUACUCCUCUCUGAAGAGAAUUGAACAGUGUCUAAAAAAGAAAAAGAAUCAUAAAGAGCUUGUGGAGGCCUGCAAUGAGUUUUACACUCGCAUACCACACGACUUUGGUUUGCGAUCUCCGCCUGUUAUCUCCUCUGAACAUGAGUUGAAGGAGAAGAUCACUCUGCUGGAGACUCUGAGUGAUAUACAGAUUGCAGUGAAGAUGGUCCAGUCCCGAUCAGAAAGUGAUGAACAUUCACUGGAUAAACACUACAGGGCUCUGAACUGUGUCCUUCAACCUCUCGACUCACAAACACACGAGUACAAGGUGAUUCUAGAAUAUCUGCAGUCGACACACGCGGAUACACACAACAGUUACACCAUGACUGUUCUGGACGUCUUCAGUGUAGAUCGAGCCGGAGAGAGAGACCAAUUCCUGUCCUCCCUGCACAACAGGAUGUUGCUGUGGCACGGUUCUCGUCUGUCUAACUGGGUGGGGAUCCUCAGUCAGGGUCUCAGAGUCGCUCCUCCCGAAGCUCCAGUCACUGGGUACAUGUUCGGUAAAGGGAUUUAUUUUGCUGACAUGUCGUCUAAGAGCGCCAACUACUGUUUCCCCAACGUGAACAACACCGAAGGAUUGCUGUUGCUGAGCGAGGUCGCUCUCGGAGACUGUAACGAGCUCGUGAGUGCUGAUUACAACGCUGCCAGUCUGCCUACUGGGAAACGGAGCACCAAAGGCCUGGGCCAGACCGCGCCGGACCCAGACAACUUCACCACACUAGACGGUGCGACGGUUCCGCUCGGUCCUGGAGUGAAAACCAACAUAGACCAGGACGCAGGAUACACACUCCUCUAUAAUGAGUAUGUGGUGUACGAUCCUGCUCAGGUUCGCAUGAAGUACCUGUUGAGAGUCCAGUUUAACUUUAACUUUUAGAGAUGUGUGUGUGAGAGAGUGUGUGUGUGUGUGUGUGUGUGUGUGAAUGUAGCUUGCUGAGAGCUAUAAAACAGGAACUUGUUUUCUGAAAUAAAUGUUUAAUCUCAGUUCAGGUUUGAAAGUUUUGGAUAAAAUUAAACAUGUUUAAAAAAGAGAUAAAUAAACAUGUUACAGUUAUA